GAUCGCGACAGUUGGCAUGAAAUGGUCAUAACGCGCAGUAAGGCAUGCUACAGUCACUUAAAAUUCCGUCCAUUCACAUUUAACCUUGGCCUUAGUGAGCAAGACUAUCAUCCUAAGAAUAAAGUUCUGUGAUGUGAAGUAGUCGUUAUCUGUCAGGCCAUUCAUGAACAUGGCGUCACCAGAUUUCAGUGCAGUGAAUUCCGAGGAACUUACUGAAAUAAUAGACGUGUGUACGCGAUGCUUCGCGGAUAAAAGCGAGAAGAGGAUUGAUUUAAUUCCUGGAGCUUACAGAGAUGAAAACGGAAAACCAUGGGUACUACCAUUCAUACUUGAUCUGGAAAAGAAACUGCUUAAAUCGGACACAUAUAAUCAUGAAUACGUGCUUUUCUUGGGGCUGGAUUCUUUCAACGAACUGGUGCCUCGCCUUAUCCUCGGGGAGAACAGUCCUGCCCUAAAGAGUGGAAGGGCAUUCGGUAUCCAGACCGUAAGUGGCUGCGGCGCCCUACGCAUUGGGGCGGAGCUCCUGGUCAGACAUGCCAAAUAUACCACCUUCUACAUUUCGGCACAGACAUGGGAUAACCAUGAAUCGACGUUCCUCUACGCGGGAUUUUCGACUUGUUGUCAGUACCGAUACUGGGAUCCUGUCAAGAAGGGCGUUGAUUUCGAGGGUAUGAUAGAGGAUCUCCAACAAGCCCCAGAAAAUGCUGUUAUUAUCUUACAAAUGUGCGCGCAUAAUCCAACAGGCUGUGACCUUACAAAGGAGCAGUGGAGUAAAGUAGCUGAUAUCAUGCAGGAGAAGAAGUUGUUCCCAUUUUUUGAUUCCGCCUACCAAGGUUUCGCCAGUGGCAAUUUGGAAGAAGACGCUUGGCCAGUUAGAUACUUUGUGGAUAGAGGAUUUGAGAUGCUUAUUACCCAGUCAUUUUCCAAGAACAUGGGACUUUACGGGGAUAGGACGGGAUGCCUUAUACUUCUACUGAAGGAGGGACGGCAAGAGGAAGUUGGUUCCAUAAGGUUGAUGCUGACGAUUAUUGCCAGAGCUCUGUACCUGUGUCCCACUAGACACGGCGCUGAAAUUGUGAUUCAGACCCUGCAAGACCCGGCCUUACGUAAGCAGUGGUUAGAAUGUCUUCAGACAAUGGUGACGCGUUUGAAGGCCGUAAGACAAGGUCUCAGAGAACGUUUGGAGAAACUGGGUACCCCUGGUGACUGGAAUCAUAUUACAACACAAAGAGGAAUGUUUUCGUUCACUGGUCUGACUAGUAAGCAGACGACCUAUUUAGCGAAGGAAUACCACAUGUACUUAAUGCCCAAUGGCAGAGCCAACUUGUGUUCCCUCAACAGCAAGAAUUUGGACAGAUUUGCACAAGCUGUUCAUGAUGCUGUAACAAGGGAGGCAGAUUAAAUGGAAAACAUGAACUUCAGUAAUAUUAUACUACAGCAGGAAAAUUAGUGCGUUGAAUAGUCCUUCAAGCACUAUCCUUAAUUCUUAAAGCUCAGUGUCGCCAUUUUAGGUUAUCACAGCUGUUCUUCUUUCAUGACUAAAUAAUAAAUUCCCUGAGAACAUUAGAUGUAGG